AUGAAUUUCUAUUUCUUUAUUUAAUAUGCAGUUGAGGCAGAAGCAAAGCUUGAGGAAAUCAGGAUACUCUUAGCAAGCUAGAACAAUUUUGAACCAUUUACAACAUACAAAAGAUUAGAUUAGCCAAGAACUGGAGGAUUAAAACCAGAAAACAUCUAUGAAUUUUUAUUGGAUAAUGAAAUUUAAGUAGGUUAAGAUGAACUUGAUUAUAUCUUCAGAGUUUUAGAUGAAGAUUCUGAUAGUUUAGUAACUUAUUAGGACUUCAAGAAUGCGAUUUUGCCUAAGAUGAAUGAUUAGGUGAAAGAUUAAGCCUUAAAUCAUAAGAGCUAUGAUCUUCCCGUAGAUAUGUAAUUACCAAAAGAGAUCGAAACUCAAUUGUCAUAAUUUUUUAUUUAGAUAAAAUAAAAUUAUUUAUAAUAUUAGCAAAUACAAGAAAAAAUUGACUUGAAUUAAUUGGAUAUUUAUGAUAAUGAUAAUUAAAUUACAGUUGAUUCCUUGAAGAAUUGGUUGUAAUAAUAAGGAGAAGAUAUUAGCAAUGAAAUUCUUGAGAAUUUCGUUACUAUUAUUUAAGGAUAGCAAUAAUAGCUCUAAAUUUUAUUAGAUCAAAUUUAUACUGAAAAUUAAGAGGAACAAGAACAAUAAGUAGAAGAAAAUGUUGAUUAAGAACAAUAACAAGAAGAUUAAGAAUAAGAAUAAGCUUUAUAAGAAGAUUAAGAACAGUUUUUAUAAGAAGAGGAAUUGGAAUAGGUACAGCAAAAAGAUACUGAUUAGGACGAAAAUGAUACCUAGUAAAACAAUCAAUAAGAACAAUAGUCAUAAGAAAUAGAAUAUAAAUCUUUGGAUUACAAAAAAUCAAAAAAUGACUCUUAUAAUGAUAUAGAUUACCAAAUUCAAUAACUAAAGAAUAAGAUAAACAAAUUAGAAGUUAUUUUAGGAUAGAAAAAUACAUCUCCUAUAGGGUCGCUAUUGAAGAAUGAAUACAAUAGAGAGUUAUUAAACUUCUCAAGAAUGAGUUAUCAAAGAAAAUUCAAUCCAUCCUCUCCAACAUAGAAGAAUGAUUUGAUAAGAUAAUAAUUAAGGUUAGAUGAAGAAAUCAAAAUAGAAGAAAUAAAAUAAAAAAUCCUAUUAACAUAAAUAAAUAAUUCAACCAAUGUUCAUUCAUCUGGAUUUUAUUCAAAUAGAUUUUAAAAUCAAAUAUUCCAAAGCCCACUUAACUAAUCAAAAUCAAAGUAUAUAUCUGAUAAUUCUGGAAACAAAUAUAUUGGCAGUAAUAGAAAACAGUAUCCAAAUUUCUUCUAGAAAUCAAUCAAUUUUAGCAAUAGAAAAUUUUGA